GAGGAGGGUCUGAAUCUAAGCUCAACCAGAUUGGGGACAUCCUUUACCAGGCCUGCAAGGACAGGUUUGGCAAAGUGAUCUCCAAGCAGAGAACCACCCAAAGAGAGAAGGGAAGGAGGCAAAAGGAGAUUGACCUUCUAGUGCGAAAACGCCGUCAGCUACAGAAAAACUGGAGGAAGGCAACAUCAGCAGAGAAAGAGGGGUUAAAGCUUUGUGGAAUGAAAUCAGGCAAAUACUGUCCAGGCUUUCGCGGAGCUGAACGUAAGCGCAGUCGACGGAAACGGAAAGAGCGGGCCAGCUUCUUCAAGAUCUCUUUAAGCAUGCCAGACAGCUGCUGGGGAAGAAGAAGAGUGUGGUGCUCGAAACCACCAGGGAGCAACUGGAGCAGCCCGUAAGAGAGCAAUACAGUGACCCGGUGGGGAACAUCCCAUUAGGAACACCAGUGUAUGUGCUGAAGCCUGCGCCUCCGACUGCUGUGUUCAACACCAUAACCCCCAAGCUCAGUGAAGUCAGGCAGGUUGUGGAGAAGGCGAGGUCUGCAUAAGCACCAGGCUCCAAUGGAAUCCCCUACAAGCUCUAUAAGAACUAUCCCAAUGUUCUAGAGUUACUAUGGUACCUCAUGAGAACUGUGUGGAAAAAACAACUCAUUCCAUCAGAGUGGCAAAGAGCUGUAGUGGUCUUCAUCCCCAAGGAAGUGAACUCAAAGGACAUCAGCCAGUUCAGAAACAUCGCCCUGCUGAAUGUAGAAGGAAAAAUCUUCUUCUCAGUGCUGGCCAGAAGGAUGACCACCUACCUACUGGAGAAUGGCUACAUGGACACCAGUUGUUAGAGGGCGGGUGUCCAAGGCUUCCCAGGGUGCAUAGAGCACUCUUCGGUGAUCUGGGACUAGAUCCAGAAGGCAUAGCGGGAGAAGACAGACCUGCAUGUAGUCUGGCUCAACCUUGCUAAUGCGUAUGGAUCAGUCCCACACCAGCUGAUUAACCAUGCCAUGGAAUUCUUCCACAUGCCCCCCUGCAUCAAGAACAUGGUCGCAUCCUACUUUAACGACCUGCAGAUGUGCUUUGCCCUCCAAGAUUUCACCACGGGGUGGCAACAUCUUGAAGUAGGAAUCGCAUUGGGUUGUGCCAUCUCUCCCAUCCUGUUCAUGGCAGCCUUUGAGGCAAUCUUUGUUGGAGCAAUACAGAUGGUUGGAGGGAUCAAACUACCAUCUUGGCAGAGGUUACCUCCUCUGAGGAUGUCCAUGGACGAUGUCACCAGCCUCCUCCAGACAGCAGCAUGCACAUCAAGACAAGUGGUUCGGAAGUGAGGGGUGCUGCUCACUCUGCAACACCCCAAACGCAACCCUCCAGCACAUAUUGUCAGGCUGUGAGAUUGCGCUCUCUCAGGGAUGCUACAGAUGGCGCCACAAUCGGGUCCUGAGAAAGCUAGCUGAGGUACUGGAGGGGUGUAGACAGCGCAGCAAAGAGUCACCACCAGCAGAGAACCACAACCACAUCAAUUUCGUCACAGAAAGCUGGGGGAAAGACGUCAGGCCAGGGAAAAUUCCUAAGCCGUUUUCCCCCGACCAGGAGUGGGACAUGAGAGUUGACCUCGACAGGCAGCUCCACGUCCCGGUUGAGAUUACUACAACAUCUUUCCGCCCAGACAUAGUGGUGGGGUUGACCAAGGCAAAAUCAGUGCUCCUCAUUGAGCUCAAAAUACCAGCUGAGGAGGGGAUUGAGGCUGCCUACGAACGAAAGAAGGCCAAGUACUCAGAGCUGGCUGCUGAGUGCCAGGAGGCUGGUUGGAAGGCUACCAUCUACCCAGUAGAGGUCGGAUGCCGAGGCUAUGAAGGACUGUCAACGACACGCCUCCUGAGGGACGUAGGAGUAACCGGAGGGAACCUGAAGAAGGCAACAAAGGAGCUGGCGGAAGAGGCUUAGAAGGGGAGCUUUUGGCUCUGGCUGAUAAGUGCUGAGGAAAGAACAACUAACCCAGAGAAUAGCGGCAGACGAUAACACCUCUCAGCUACAGGGGGUGGCAGGGAGACAUCCCUGCCACUGCUCCGCCACCAGGAGACAUUCGAGGAUUAAAGAGGCAAAACGUUGGUAAAUGGUGGUUCCUGGCUGCCGCCUCUGUAGCUGACCCGUGGGCACCGGAGGAGGUGCGACAGGCAGCAAUGCCUAGCAGGUGUUCCAUCUUCCUGUACAUUAAUCUAACAAGCAGGUUCUCAAAAAAUCUGUGUCCAUUCAAUCUCAUAGUGACCAUCCUCUCAGCUCAGAAUACAAUCUGUUACCUUCUGGCCAUCGGCUGCGGGUUCCUUCAACCACAAAAAAAUGGUAUAAAAAUUCCUUCACCCCAGGCUCUAUCAGAGCCCUUAAUGAUUCCUGCAGGAGAAGAUAACUGUUUCUGAUAGCAUAUGGUGUACAUUGUUAUUGUUAUUAUUAUUAUUAUUAUAGAUCAAGCUUCAUCUAGGGGUCCUAUAUUGGUAAGCAAACCCAACAUUGCACUUUAUUUCUGCAUUUUAUCUUAUCUUAUGCACUCUGUUCAUGCAAAAGUACUGGUAUGACUGACAUAUGCCUUCCUUUUUUAUCUUCUAAAUCAUCUUGAAUACUUUUUACCUCCAAACUAUUUUUAUGUAGAUGUAGAUAUUUCAUUUUAUUUAUUUUCUGAAGUGGCAGUGGAUCUCCUGACGGGACCUCCAGCUGAUGUGACGAGCGUGCUGCUGAUGAGAAUAUACAAAAAAUAUUAGAAUGUAGUACUGGAUGCAUACUAGAGCACACUGAAAGUUACCUGAAAAGGGGAGUGUUGCAUUAUGUCUUCAAAUUCAAAUUUUUGAUCAACACAACAGGAUAUUAAAUCAUAUGUUGGUUAUUAGAAGUGUUCCAAUAGGUGAACUUGUCAGUCAUCCAAAACAUUAUCUGGAAAGAACACUGAAUACAAACCCUAAGCUGAACCAAGAGCAUAACCUCCUGUGAGGUCAGCGCAUCUGUUCCGCUGGAUCCAGGUGCCUUCUAUUAACAGUAUUGGUAUACAUGCUGUUUCUUGCAUUGAAAAAGUUAAAAAUAUUUUUGAGGCUAGAGUGAAAUUUGGAGCCCAAAGUUAUUGCACACACUUAGUCAUGUGCACAUAAUAAAUAUCAAUACACCCUCAGGGUUAAAAUUUGACAGCUGACAAAGAAUCAUCAUUAUGACCAUGUAAAAGUUUUGGUCAAUACUUUGCACAAGCAACACAAGCAACAUUGUGUUGCCUAAUUUCUUAAAAUUGAAACUCCUCUCCACAUAAAAUGCAUGUAGUCUGUGGUCCAAGGUCAGUCCUCACAUCACUAGCUUCCUAUGCACAAAGAAAUAAAACACACUUUGGAACAUUGAAAAUUCCAUUGAAAAAUUAUUUCUAAACUGUUUUUAUAAAGCAUGUAACAGUUUUUUUUUUUUGCCAACAGCCUGUGAAUUUCUAAGGCCGGUUUUAGGAUUGUAAAAACUGCUCAUCCAUCUUGCCAACUUUGUUUAGCAUUUUAAAGCCCAAAAUGAAUAUAAACAGCAUAAAAUGGAAAAUCAAGUAUUACCUGCUCCAUGCUCAAGCUGAGCUGCAGAGGGCGAAUAUAAAUGGUUGUAUAGUUAAUUCCAAGACUUGGGUCUCUCAGAUAGUUCACUGUGUAGCCUCUAUUAGGGCAAGGAAGAGGAACCAGCUGGCGGUUCCUUGUACUUCCCCUGAUUCUCAUGAGUUCCAGUACUGGAAAAACACCUGGAAAAUGGAAGAAAAAGUGAAAUGUCCUGGAAAAUUAUCCUAAUGGGACAAGAAAACUGCCUAAUCUAGCAACACUGGUCUGGCAAAGAGCUUGGGGGAUCUGUGCCUCAAAACUUUCCCUGCAGGCUAAGAGCUCAAUUGCCACCGACCAAACUAUUGCUAGUCGCAGUGCAAACUCCCGAUAGUGAAAACAAACAAAACAAAAAGGGCGGCACAGCUGCACAGAAAUAGCACGUUGUAGACAUCUCUGAUCACAAUAGAUAUUGCCACGCAAGAAGACAGUUUAAACUUUUUUAAACAUCUGAGAGACCUUAAAAUACAGAGUGCUUAUUGUUUACCGGUGCAAUCUUUCCAGAAUUUACGGGAAUGUUAUUGAUGACAUUUUAGCUUGAACUUAUUGGUCUUGUCUGUCUGUCUUUCUUGCUAAGUCUAUGUUACGCUCUGAGCUCAGCAAUAGUGAGAGUGAAAUACAACUAUUUCAUACCUUAGAUAUUGCCAAUUGACAACAGUGUUUAUAAACGUGUAAAAGAUAAACCGUGAAAAAAGUGUUUAUAUGCACAAUAAAUAGGACCUAUCGCUAAAAAUCUAACAAAUGUAAUUAUAGAGCACUUUACUGGAUGAAUAUUCCUGAUAAAUAAGGUAUAUUUUGUGUUGAACUUCGAAAAAUGUGUGGCCAUUUGUGUCAUUUAGUUCUCUUCAGGUCAAUUUAUGCACUUGAAUUCAAUUUAUCCUCUAAUCGUUAUUAUUUAUUUAUUUCAGUAAGACAGCUUCCAGAUUCCUUUCCUGGUGUUCUUCCUACAUUAUGAAUACAGCUAAAUUUCUUGGUUUCCACUUGGUUAUUUCCUGGCUCUGACAGGAAAGAGGACAGACAGUGUGGGUUCUGGCUUUGAUUGUUUUGGCAUGUCAUGUGGACCAAUCCAGGUCUUACUGGAACUGAUUUCCUGUGACAUCACUGUUCCCUUGCCUGCUGUUCUUCUCUCCACAUUGAUGCUGAAUCACACAGACACACCUGACCUCCUCACCUAGGCACAUAUAUUAUCAUUAUCAUAUUCAUAUCUGUAUAUCUGCUAUCAUAAUGGGGUCUGACGGUGACUGUUAAAAGUGUGAUUUUAUCUUUGAACAUAUGAACCUCUACUGUCUUCACUCUGAAGUUUACUCUCAAUAAAAACAUUCACUGUGAACUCUUUGGAUGUGUCUGUUUUCAUGCAGUAAUGAUUCACUUAAUAUACCGGUCAUCAGUCAGUCUGUGCUUUCGACUCCACUUGGUGCACAUACUUACACUACUCCACCCCUAAGUUUGACAGUGACGAGUCUUAUACUCCUGUGAGUAAGACACGUCCUUAGGAUGAGGUGAUACGCCCGCUGACUAGAUGAUGCUGACGAAGUUUUCUGUCUAUAUGCAGAUGGCAGUCCUUUGCCUCCCUGACCUGAAACUCACAGUACCUCAGCAUCUGCAGAUCUCUCAGCUCUGUGGAUAAGUUUACCGAUGAUGGGUUAUCUUCAAACGAGUUGGCUCUUACAGCCAACUACUGUCUCAGCUCAGAUUUCUUUUAUUAUUGUGAUAAAUCACUGCAAGCCUUGGUAUAAGGGCGAUAAUAAAAAUGUUGAACUCAAACUCCUGUCAUUCAUAAAUCAACUAGAAUACUCAAUUGUGAUGCACCUCACUUACUGAUUAUCAGUUGUGUUCAUAAAUUUUAAUAAGUUAAAGAAAAACUUUAAACUUGUAAAAACAAAGAAAGAAACAAGAAACAACAUAGUUAUUGCUCAGCACACGUGAUAAUUCUGUAUCAGUCAUUACACUGAAUACAAGGUAAACCUUUGUCCUCUGUAAAAUCUUUGAACUGUUGAUAUGGCCUAUGAUUAAAAUUACCUUUAUGCACAAAACCAAUCAGAAGUUUAAAAAGUCUAUUUAAUGUCAUUUUGAAAGUAAAAAAUGGAUAUGAGUACAGAACUAGAACAGCUAGUUUCUUACAUCUGAGCUGGGCCAAAUGAUCCGAUCAUCAAACAGGUCCGGAUUACACAUCCCUGCUGCCUCCUCGCUCCUCAGACACAGAGACCAGCAGAAGGACAGAGGGACGCAUCCCAAUCCACACAGCCGCCUCCUGAGACACUCUGAGCUGCUACAGCAGCGGAGCAGGAGCCUGUUUAUCGCAGCUCUGUGACCACAUGAAUGGCUCUGAGUCAAACUGUACAAUUAAACCGCAAAGUUAGUCUCAAUCAGUCAAGUGUCGAAGGAGGAGUCCACAGAAGAAUGCGGUGGGUCUGCAUGGGACACGGCCGAGCCGGGUUGCCGUCAGCUGACUGUCUGCUCCAUUCGCCGACAUCUUGCCACCGAUCGAAGAGGACGGCAGAGUCCGGGUUUCACGGUCAGAUGUCGUGAUGAAGUGACGGCAGUACCGAUGGGUCUGUGAGAGCCAGCCAAGGGACACAAGGGCCUGUCUGCGGAACGGUGAGGGCAUGAAUGGGCGGUCUGUCUGUCUGUCUGUCUGCCUGUCUGCCUGCCUGUCUGCACUGCUGCGGUAAAGUCGUCGUCUGUCUGCAGCGGGAACGUUAGCAAGUGUUGCUAACAUCGGGUCUCCGUUUGCAGCCGUCAGAAACCCGAUUUAAGGCUGUUUCAUCCGUCGUCUUAAAAGCAGUCUCUGUAUGUCGUGAUUUAGUGCGUGCCGUAGAGUAACAGGGCGUGGCCUUCAUAUCGGCUCAUGCAGACUCUGGUUAUCGAAUAUGCCAAGGUGUUUUUUUAAGCUCAGUUGUUUCAUUUUGAUCGAUUUAAAAUAAUUUCGGAUGGCACUGGCAGCAUAUCGCUGGGCGGCAACUUCAGAUGCCUGGUUCGGUUUUGGGAUUAAGACUGGAAAUUUCGGCGACAUUAGUUUGAAAUGUCGAUUAAACUGUCAGCCGAAAUAGCCAUAAGAAGUUACCCUUACAAAGUAUUACAGUGUGUGAGUGAUCGUUUGAGACAUUGAGUCUAAAAUUAAGAAAACACGCUAAAAUGUCAGAUAUUUAGAUGGAGGCCGGAUUGGGUUUCCGUGACACGAGACAACAAACUGCGCGGCUAUGUUUGGUAUUAACUGUCUAACUGAUAGUUGACAACUGCAGAGUAAAGCCAGCUCUUACACUGCCCUGUCGUAUUUAUUUACUACUGCAAGCUUCACUCUGUGGACUGAAGGUGAUGUUUGGGAGUAAAGCAGCGGUUAAGCUAACAUGCUAACCAGCUGCUGUAAAAAAUGUGUGAUUAGUGAGAUAGACUUUUCUUUUUAUUAUUGAUACUAAUAGAGCUUCAAGAAAAACUUCAUUAAUUUUAAAUAAGUUACAUGGUGGAUGUUUAUGGAUUUUCAUAGAGGUGAAAAAAUGGUGGCAAACAACACGUUUUUUUUUUUUGGGCUUCGUAAGUCAGCAGUUUAAGAGAAAUAAAACUUUACUGAUAGAUAAUGCUAUUCCUGUUUGGAGACGUACGCUCCAAAAAGCAUAGCUAAAGCCUCAAACAGCAUCUGAGAUAGGCUAAAAUGUGUUAGAAAUUCUGAUAUUACUAGGUGCAGGUAUGCAUCCACAGAUAAGGGACAUACUGAUAGCAUAAAACACAGAUUUACUGUAUAGAAGUGAAAGGAUACAUGUUUGAAUGUGAGAAACUCCUGUGAAUUCCCAGGUGAAUGACAUAUCAAAUUUAGUUUAUGUUAAAUUGCUCUGUAAGUAAUUAAUAUAGACUGGGAUUAGGUUAUAGAGGUAGAAAGGAUACAGAAUAUAUAAAGUAUAUAAAUACAUCUUUGAAAAAUAGUUAAAUGUGUCAUUAAUUAAUUAAAAUACAAUUUCAUUAAAUGUAAAAACAAAUAUAGCUAUUUCAGGGUUUAAUUAUGAUUUCAUGGACCUGUGUUGCAGUGCGUCAUGAAUUUUAUCUGUCAAACUCACCCAUCAAAGUCAGUGGGCAGAUCCUAACACCUUAUUUUUUAUUAGGCACAUCAAGUCAAGACAGAUCGACUCCAGAUAAUGGAUUGAUGCAGCCACUCUGCAGUCAAUAUCUUGGUCGGAAAGUGUGGAAAAAAUGUUCACUCAAUUCCUUUGCUUUGCACACUACAUGCUCUAGGUUAGCGUUUCUCAAACUUUUUUCAGUCAUUGCACCUUUCAAUAGCACAUAAAAUCUCACGCUACCCCAGUGUGAAGUACAAUCAAAAACAACACUGCAAAGCCUCACUGUAAAUGCAAAUGCCCUGUUUAUUUAAAUGGGACAGUAUCAAUGAACAGAGCAUAAUACGAACUCAAAAUGCAUCAGAGUUAUGCAGGAAUGUUUUUUUCCAUGUUCCAUGAAUGUUAGUUUACAUCCGUGCCUGCCUGACACACACACACAAACAAACAAACACACACAAUAAUCUGCAAUAGGAGAGGAAGAGAGAUAGGCCCACAUACGCACAAAUCACAGGCAUGCGCUCACACUCAGUGGCAUCUACCUUUGCGACCAUUGGUGCAGACUCAGAGCUGGUGGACGAAGGUAUCCACAUACUCUGCAAUGUCUAAAAUAUCAAUAACCAACUCCCAAGAAAACUUGAGGCUUCAGACUAAAAUAAAUGAUCACACUAGAUUAAGUCCCGCCUACUGACUUUGAUGGGUGAGUUUGACAGAUAAAAUAAAUUCAUGAAGCACUGCAUUACAAGUCCAUGAAAUAAUUAAUUUAUUCGUGAAAUAAUUAUAUUCAUUUUUACAUUGAAUGAAAUGGUAUUAAAUAAAUUAAUGACACAUUUAUUUAUUUAAUUCCCAUUUUAAUAAAUUAAUGACACAUUUAAUGACAGAUUUAUUUAUUAAAUCUCCAUAAUGAUUUAUUUUUUAUAAUGACAUAUUUAAGUACUUCUUUAAAGAUGUAUUUAUGUAUUUCAUUCUGUCUCUAUGCCCUCCAUAUAAAGUCACUUGACAAUGUUAUAAAGUAGUCAUCACACUUAGAUUGAUGUAAACAUGAGCUCUGUGUCACCAUGGAGGAAGUUUAACUCCAGAGCAGAGUGAUAUGAGCUGUACAUAGGCCUGUCGCGAUAAUCAAUAAAUCGCCUUAUCGCUCGAUAAAUAAAAACAAGGUCGGUCAUUUUGCUAGCCUCGAUAAUUAACGUGCGUUUGUUUUCCUCCUCUCUCACUACCAAACACGCUGGAAGAGAGAAGAGGUCUCACUCUGCGCUUUUUUCUUGACACCUGGGGGCGUUGGCUCUAUAGCGGAAUGAACGGAGUUAGUGAACCCUCCUGUCAGUCAUUCAGUGUCUUUGUCACGAGGGGGCUGGCGCGCACAGGCACACAGACACAGACUUUUGGAUACAGUGCUGCAAGUGAGCGUCGUGAGUGAAAAGCAAGCAAACAGAAUGAACACGACAGCUUUGAUGUCUAAACCGAACGCAACAGCCCAAGUGUGGGAAUAUCGGCUUCAAACCAGUUUUGUUUUCGUCAACCACAAAACUCCACGUGUGCGCGCGCGCGUGUGUAUCUGUGUGUUGGAGGAGCACAGCAGGAUGAUGAGAGCUGUCAGAGCGGACUGAAGCUGCUCCUAUAUGUUUAGCGUUUAACUGGCUGAGUUUUGCAACUCUGUUCGUCAUUUUCGUCUCGUCCCAUCAACGUAAACGCACUUUCGUCUCGUCACAUUCGUCGUGGGUGAAAUUGAAGUUUAUCACUUUUGACACGUGUACUCGCAUUAUUAUCCAUUUAAUAUCAUUAUCUAUAAUUUAAAAAACGGUGUCAAUAAUAUCGUUUAUCGGCAAUAAUUUGUAGCACAAUUAUCGUCCAGCAAAAUUUGUUAUCGUGACAGGCCUAGCUGUACACCUUACUAUACAAUAACAAUGAUGAUGAAGGUGCCCCUCCUCUUCCUGUGUGCCGCAGUCUCCCUCUGUGAUAUCACCCUCUGACUGACGGGGUCAUCAUGAUUGGAGGACUCUUCAUCUACAAUCACAAAGUGAAAGGAUAAGUCCAGACUUUCAGUUCAACUUUACAAUGUCUACUGACCUGUAUGUGUGUGUGUGUGUGUGUGUGUGUGUGUGUGUGUGUGUGUGUGUUUGCAUGCAUGUGUGCGCGUCUUAACAUCAGAUUUUAGGUUGUUCUUUUUAAAUUGGUUUAGGUUAAAGUCUGGACCAAAGCUUUAAAAUACAAAGCUUUAAACCAAAGCUUUGUAUUUCUUUUUGUAAAUUUUCUCUGUUAAAUUAAAAAAAAAGCGAUUUACAACUAGGGUUGGGCAUCGAGUCUCAAGCAUCGAUGGGGACCGGGACUAACAUUCUGAUUCUCCCAGAAUCAUUGAAAUUUAAAAAUUUUGAUUACAAGUUUCGAUGGCAGAGUCUGCCGACUGGAAGAAAUAGCUGCCGAACACCAAUGAGGAAGAUGCAGCUAAACACCAACGACGAAGAAGCCGCUGAACACCAACAAGGAUGAAGCGUAUGAGACGAAGCCACAGAGAGAGAGAGAGAAGAGAGACAGAGAGAGAGAGAGCAUUGUAACCCACAGUGGCUGCAGUCAAAAGUUUGGCUAACUUUAGCAGGAAGAAUGAACUCUUAUCUCAGUGCAACAUUAGCAACACAGUUAUAUCAUGCAAAGGAGGGUGAACGACCAACAUGAUUAAACACCUCAGGAUUCAUGUGGUUUGCCGGUCUUCCACUAACCAGCUAGAAUCAGAUAAGUGAAACAAUAAAUUACUUCUGUCUUCUGCUAACAUUUAAGUGGCAAACAAAUUAUACUGUGUAAGUUGGGUCAACUUAAAUAUCCAACUAACGUUAGUCCUCAUACGUUUUCAUAGACAAACGACCUGACAACAAAAAUUGAUAUUUUUAUACUGGUUGAAAAUAGCCCUGUGAAAAAUUCAUAGUAAAGUUUUUAAAAAGUUAGCAUAAUUUAAAAAUUCAUGGAGAAGUUCAGAAAUGUCGUCCAAAAUGAACAACUCUGGUUAGCACCCUCAUUUAAACUAUGCAUUUUUUAUAUCCUGCCUUUUCAAAGAAUUGGAAUAGAGAAUCAUCAGGAACUGGAAUCGGAAUCUGAAUUGGAACCAGAAUCGUUCAAAAUGAAACGAUAACCAACCCUAUUUACAACACAGUUAAUUUAACCUCACAAAACAUCAAAUUAAUUAUACUGGUGCAAAAUGACAACAAAAAGAAUUUAACUGCAGGAAAAAUAAAUAAACAUUCACAAUGUAAAACAAAAAUACCAAACUUUCACAGCAAAAGGAAAAACAUGAAAAGCUUCAUUUUUAUAUGGGUGUCUCAGUUUUAGGGCUGCACCUAACGAUUAUUUUACUAUCAAUUAAUCUAACGAUUAUUUUUUCGAUUAGUCGACUAAUCUAUCGACUAAUUUAUUGAUUAUUAUAUUAAUCUAUUGAUUUUUAUUAACUGAUUAAUAUAACAAUGAAUGUAACCAAAAUAGCAAUAAAAACGUUUUACCUAUUAGUAUUUAAUUCAAUGAUUUAUUCAAGAAUCUCUUGAAAUCAAACAAAACAAAACAUUUAGGUUAUAAAAUCCAGGAGAAUUUUGUGGCGCCCGCCAGGCAGUUUUGGGGUUACCUUGUAUGGUGGAUAUGAGCUAACUAUGAGAGUACUUGUAAUUACACUGUGUGCACAAUUAUUAAGCAAGUUGUAUUUUUGAGGAUAAAUUUUAUUUUUGAACAACUGCAGUGCUCUCGGUCAAUCCAAAAUGUUAAUAAACCUCAAACCUAAAUAUUUAAGGGAGUAAAAGUGAGAUUUUGGCUUCCUUAGGAGAAUAUCUACGUGUGCACAAUUACUGGGCAACUAUUAGUGUGCAGAAUUAUUAUGCAACUAAAUCAAAAUGAAACUUUUCCCAUCUCACUUGUUUAUUUUCACUUGUUAAAGUGAGAAUGAUAAACAAACAACUCAAAAUUUACAAAUAAAAGUUUUUGACAUUUUAAAAAAAUCAGUGACCAAUAUAGCCACCCUUCUUUUCAAUAACAGUCAUAAGCCUUCCAUUCAUGGAGUCUUUCAGUUUCUUGAUCUGUUGACAAUCAACUUUUUGUGUAGCAGCAACCAAAGCCUUCCAGACACUGUUCCAGACACUGUUCAGAGAGGUGUACUUUUUUUCCUUCACUGUAAAUUUCCCGUUUAAGAAGGGCUCACAAGUUCUCAAUAGGGUUUAGGUCAGGUGAAGAAGGAGGCCGCGUCAUUAUUCUUUGUGAGCCACAUCGUGGAGUACUUCGUUGCAUGCAAUGGAGCAAUGGAGCAUUGUUCUGCAUAAAAAUCAUGGUCUUCUUGAAAGAAAGUGUCUUCUAAAAACUGGCAGUAGGUUUGGGAGUUGAUUUUAAGUCCAUCUUUAACCCGAAAAGGUCCAGCUAGCUCAUCUUUAAUAAUACCAGCCCAUACCAGUACCCCGCCUCCACCUUGCUGGUGUCUGAUUCAAAGUGGAGCUCUGUGCCCAUUACUGAUCCAGCCACGGGUCCAUCCAUCUGGUCCGUCAAGAGUCACUCUCAUCCCAUCAGUCCAUAAAACCUUUGAAAAAUCUCUCUUCAGAUAUUUCUUGGCCCAGUCUUGACAUUUCAACUUGUGAGUCUUGUACAGUGGUGGUCGGAUUUCAGCCUUCCUUACUUUGGCCAUGUCUCUAAGCACUGAACACCUUGUACUUCUGGGCACUCCAGGUAGGUUGCAGUUCUGGAAUAUGAAAGCACUGGAGGAUAUUGGGUUCCUGGUAGCUUACGUUUGAGUCUUCUCAAAUCUUUGGCAGUUAAUUUGCGUCUUUUUUUCUUGACACGUUCUUGCGACCCUGUUGACUAUUUGCAUCAAAAUGUUUGAUGGUUCUGUGAUCAUGCCCCAAUAUCUUAGCAAUUUCAAGAGUGCUGCAUCCCUCUGAAAGACUUUUUACAAUUUUGACUUUUCAGAGUCAUUUAAAUCUCUUUUUUGGCCCAUUUUACCUGAGGAAAAGAAGCUACCUAAUAAUUAUGCACACCUUGAUAUAGGGUGUUGAUCUCCUUAGGCCCCAGCCUCCCUCAUUACACUAAUACACAUUACCUGAUAUGCUUAUAUCCAAUAAGCAUUCAAGUUUAUACAGCUUGGAGUUGGAAAAUAUGCAUAAAAAUGAUGAUAUGAUCAAAAUACUCACUUGCCUAAUAAUUGUGCGCACAGUGUAGACUGCUCAUCUAAAUUAGUAUAAGUGAAGCUGCACACUUUUUUGUUUUGUUUUAACAAUAAAAAAUGGCAAUAAAAAAAAAAUAGCUAUGAUACGCCUUGAACUUAUUUAGUCCAUUAAUAUUAGUGUUAAAGUCCUCAUAUGUUUUACAUGCUCUCCAGUUUGAGGCUCUCUGAACAUCUGUGUGUGCAUCUGUGCAACAAACACUUCCUAAAUAUAGUUUACAGCUUAAACCAACCUGAAUCAUCCCAAAUUGUGAAGUCAAACUAUCAAUCCAGUGUCUGUUAGGCUCAGCAGAAACACAGGACAAUCUUCGGUUGUCUGGAAACCUGGCAACUUUGGACAAAUAUAAUGAUCCGAUUCAUGAAUGAACGUGGAACAUCAAACUACGGGAGGUUCCAGGGAGAAAUGACAAUACAAGAGGUGGGCGGGAGAUAGGUCUGAAAUAUGGGAGAGUCCUGGGAAAAACCGGAGUGUUGGCAGGUAUGGUAUCAGUAAACAUAAGUGCAGCGGAGCCUGUGUGCGCAGAGUAUUAGCAUUAGUGGGCUAUUGUCAGUGAUCACACAGCUGAUUAAUUCGCGAGUUAUAGGACAAAUAAAAGCACAAAACUGAUGCUUCAACUCUGAGCUAACUGCUUAAAGUGAAUGAAUUAGAUAUGGGAUGGAGGGCGUAUGAUGCUUGUUUUUUGCGUCGACGAAUUUUUAUAGUCGAUUACAAUGACGAAUCGCCCCAGCCCUACUCAGUUUAUCUGGAAAUAGUCUUUCAGAGGCUUUACUCUGGCUUCUUUUAGCAGUAUGAACCUGAAACAGAAACUGGUGUUCUCGUCAUGUUCUCCUCAUUAACAAUUUGCUGAAAUAACAAUGUUAUGAUGCAGAUUAGUCCUAAGUACAGCUUUGUCAGGUCUGUCUUCAAGAGGGGAAGAAAACUACUUAGAGAUCAGAUGUUCCACAUUUGAUGAAGCUGAAGGAAGAAAGCUGAAGGAAAUGUUGAAAAUUCAGCUCAGUUUCAGUUUUGUUGUCUGUCACGCUUCUUGUCAACUCUUCUUGUCGUUUAAAUGUCUUUGUGCUGACUCUGAAUCAUAUUUCUGCCUGUCUGAGCUACAGCUUCACUGUCGCUGUGUUGCAGGGAGCCAGUUGCUAGGAGACAGCGGCAUAGCAGCAAGCCCUAUGGUGCCAACAGAAACCACACAGUGAUGAGGUCAUUUCAGUUGCACUGACAACAUGGCUGCCACCAAAGGACAGAGAGGAGUGUUCUGAGUCUGACUGCAAGGGAGACGGUCUGAGCUGAAGUGUGUGUUAAGGAGGGAAAGUUAGAUUGAGUCUGUUUUCUGCAUCACUCUCACAAAACAGCCUUAAAAUCAGAAAAUAUGGUCUGACCUUGCCUGAGCUGAACUAUGGCUUUUCCUGAUCCAGCCUCAACUUAUUCUUGGCUCAAACAGAAUUAUGUGGGCUGUUUGGAUGUGGUUAUCAGUGGUGAACUGGCCCACACAACCAGUUUAAAGAUCAUGUUACAGUCAUCUCCAUCUUUUAUAUUUGAACCUUUAAAUAAUAACAUUCACUCACUUCAGCAAUUUGGGUCUGAUUAUUAAGAUUAUGAAAUUAUUAAAAUUUAAAAGUUGGUGAUAAAAAUAGUCUGUGGACUGACCUGCUCUUCUAUAUCAGCCUUUAAUAAGCUAAUAUUAGUGAACAGCUACCGCUGACACAUAUAGACAGAGUCAGUGUUUAGUGUUCAUACUGCAGCUAUAAAGAAGGGUGAAGAAGUCACACAUCAAGACAAGCCUGCACUCACCUGUCCUCACCUGUGUUAUACAAUACAGGAUGGUACAUAACUAUCAACAGGAUUCAUUCAGACAGUACAGUGGUUGACAUAGAGAUAGGAGAGGAUAACAUUAGACAUAUUAAUAAUAAUAAUAAUGUGAGUUUUUGAGCACGUCAAGAGGGUUGUAACAUUGAAAAACAAGCUGGAAUAAUGAUAAAUAACUAGAAAAAUUGCAUUUCCUUGCAGAAAAUGCGUGGAAAUGCUGAGUGCUGAAAUCUGAAAAAGCAAUGCUAAACUGCUAAUAAAACACGGAGAAAGGUAUAAAUGUGAAACCUGCUGAAGGGGUGAAAAAGAAAUAGAAGUUGGAUAAUUGUUAAAUUGGUUGAAUGACAAAUAGUAUGAAUAUGCUCUAUAAAAGGAAAUUUUAUUCAUGCUGAAAGAGGCUAGAAAAAUGUCUAAAAUCGCACAAAGUUUGAAUGAAGAAGGAAAUUACCUUAAAAGGCAGAAAGGUGAGAAGUGGCAUAAGUUUAAGUUAUAGUACUUGAAAUAGUAUGAUAAGUAGUCAGAGUAUUGAUAUUAGUAGUCAUGUAAGCAGUAGAAGUAGUUUGAGAAUGAAAGAAGUAUAAGUCAAAGUAGUAGAGAAAGUAGAAAUAGUAGCAAUAGCAGCAGUAGAGAAAGUAGAAAUAGGACCAAUAGAAGUUGAAGUAGAGGGGAAAGUACUAGUUUAAUUGUCAUUAGCAGUAGUUGUACUAGAAGUGGGAUUUUAUUUGAAGGAUACAAAACUGCUAAUAAAAAAUAGAAGAAGGUUUAAAUGUUAAAUUAGUAAAAGGAGUGAAAAAGAAGUGGAAGUUGGAUGAAAGUGAAAACUGUUUAAGUCCAAACAGUAUGAAUGUGCUUCAUAAAUUAAAAUUGCAUUCAUGCUGAAAGAGGCGAGAAAAACUGUAUGAAAUUGCAAAAAAAAAUUGGAUAAGGUAGAAAAUGACCUUAAAAGACAGAAAAGUGAGAAGUGGCAUAAGUUUAAGUUUUAGUACCAGAAGUAGUAUGAUAAUAGGUUGUUGUAGUAGCGAUAUUAGUAGUCAUGUAAGCAGUAGAAGUAGUUUUAGAAUAGAAGAAGUAGAAUUCAAAGCAGUAGAGCUCGUGGUAGAAGUAAUAGUGGCAGUGAAAGUAAGAAACGCAAUAAAAAAUAUUUAGAAGCAAGAGUAGCGGAGGCAGAAGUGAAGAUACAAGUUGAAAUGAUAUUAGUAGUAAUUGUAGAAGUAAAUCUGGGAAUCUGUUUGAAGAAUUAAAUAAUGCAUAAAUAAUGAGAAUGAUUUUAAAAUGGGAAAAAUUGAAAUAAUUAAAAAUCCUCAAGUAUUAGACAAGUUUGAAAUAAUAGAAUGGUUUGAAUCAGUUUGAAUGAGUUUAAAUUUGUCUGAAGAAUUAAAUAAUGUAUUAAUACAUUUUUGGAGCCCUGAAUGGUUUCUGUAGCUCAAAUUUUGUGGGAGGAGAUAGGGGCCGAACUUUGUCAGGUGCUCUGGUAAAGGGUUGUAAAUGUAACACUCAGUGCUCUGUGUACUAAGCCUGGCUUCAUGUGUCUCAUAUGGCCAUUAGAAGCAGCUUUCCAGUCAGCUGUGUGUCUCCAGGUGCACUAAUUGGUUGCCAUGGCGAAGGAAGAUGUGUCACUGCAGCAGGAGAGAGGAGGCUUAAAGCUAAGGAAAUAGCUCUCCAACUCUGCCCUGAUGGUCAUCCUCUGUAUAUAUACAUGAUAAGGAGCUUGUGAGAACCACAAGACUCUGCUGAACACAUUAAUACAAUUUAUUAUCACAAUCCUUACAACACCCCAAAGUGAAAUGAAUGAAUGAAUAAAAUGAAAUUUAUUUUUGAACAUGAGAAUUAACAAGGAAGCAUUUUUCACAUAUUUCUCACAGAAAAUCAAUUAAAUUAAAGGUUUCUACAUGCUCAAAAAAGGAGACGGAAGAAGCUAACUUAUGUUUACCUCCCCCUUUUGUACAUCUUAAUUUUUUUAACACGGCUACUGUUUAUUUUAUCAAAGUAUCACCAUUUCUCCAAAUGAGAAAGUCUUAAUUCAUCAGAAGUAGUUAGUUCUGGAAAUAAAAAACACCAUAUACUGGAAAUAUAACACAUGAAAGUAUGUAAAAAAAAAAAAAAAAAAGGAGACUUUAUGGCUAAACGAUUCAGUACACUCUCUUAAAGUGGAAAUGAGACAUUUGUCCCGCCUUCACCUCAGUUGUUAUAGUUAUGUUUGUUAUAGGGUAUGUUUUCAGUAGCAUUGGUUUGUUUGUUCGUUGUAAGUUUGUUUGUCAGUUAGCAACUUUACGGAGAAAGUAACAGACGGAUGGCCUGAAAUGGCCUGGCCAUUAAAUUUUGGUGGUGAUCCAGACAAAAUUCUGGAUACUGUGAUCCAGAACACACAAAAAUAAGGGUGUUGUUGGAAUUUUUAAUGCUGAAAGAUAACCAAUGGGCGGCACAGUGGUGUAGAUAGGCGGCACAGUGGAGAAGUGGUUAGCACUGUUGCCUCACAACCAGAACAUCCUAGGUUCGAAUCCUGGUCAGGAUUUAGGAACAUUAUGAACAGUGAACAUACCAGUUUAAACACGAAUAAACGUUAAUAAAAGACACGUAACAGUAAAAGUUUUGGUGUGAAUCACAAUAUAAGGGGGGACAUGAGCUGCCUGGCGGAGGUCUGCGCUUUCUGAGUGCUUUUCUAGUUUUCUAAUGUGAGAAUUCUAAACUGCCUUUUGAAUUGAGCAAUGUUUUUACUUUCUUUGGCAAAUUAUUCCACAGCCUCACCCCAUUGACAGAUAUGCACAUGCUUUUAAGUGUAGUGCGCACCUUGGAUUGUAAGAGAUUCCCUCUCCGUCUUAAACUAUAACCACUUUCUCUUUCUUUGAACCAUUUUUGUAUAUUAUUAGGCAGUAAUUUGUUUUUAGCUGUAUAAAUAAUUUGUGUAGUCUUAAAAUCCACUAUAUCCAUAAAUUUUAAUGUUUGUAAUUUUAAAAAUAAAUUCUUUUGUGUGUGCCUUAUAGCCAACAUUGCUAACUAUUCUCAUUGCCUUUUUCUGCAUGGUGCAUAUUGUCUUUAGGUUGGAUUUGUAGGUAUUACCCCACACCUCUUCACAAUAGGACAAAUAAGGGGAAAAAAGUGAACAGUAUAGAAUGUACAUUGUUUUCUGAUUCAGUAUGUGUCUAACUUUACAAAGUAUACCAUUAGUCUUUGCCAAUUUAGAGCAAAUGUGUUUGACUUGUGGUUUCCUGCUGAGAUUGUGGUCAAUUAUUACUCCCAGGAAUGAAUUUUCAUAAACUCUUUCUAAUCUAGUGUUAUCACACAGUACUUCAAUGGUUGAGUCUUCUGGAAUUUUGCCGGCUCGUUUCCCAAAAAUCAUGAAUUCAGUUUUCUUUAUAUUGAGAGAUUAUUUAAAUCAAACCACAGUUUUAGCUUAGCUAGUUCAUCAGAGACAGUCUUUAACAGCUGUUGGAGGUUCUGUCCUUUACAAAAGAUAUUUGUGCCAUCUGCAAAAAUUACAAAUUUCAAAAUAUUAGAAGUUUUGAUAUUAUAAUUUAUAUAUAAUAUAAAUAAUUUUGGUCCCAAUAUUGAUCCUUUUGGUACACCGCAGGUUAUAUUUAGGAGCAUUGACUUUUCCUAUCCUAUCUGCACAAAGUGUUGUCUAUGUUCUACAUAGCUUUUUAUCCAACUGAGCCCUAUUCCCCAAAUCCCAUACCUUUCCAGUUUUUGAAAUAAAAUCUGAUGAUUAAUUGUGUCAAAGGCUUUUUUUAAGGUCAAUAAAUACACCUAUGGCGAACUUCUUGUCAUCAAUGCAGAUAGUUAGUUCCUCCACAAGGUCAAUUAGAGCCAAAGAUGUAGAUCGAUUUAGUCUAAAACCAUAUUGACUAUCAGUUAAGAUCUCAUACUUAUCAACAUACUUAUCAACAAAACUGUCCAAUCUGAUGGCAAAUAUCUUGUCCAAAAUUUUAGAAAAUUGGGGAAGCAAUGAAAUUGGCUUGUAGUUAGUAUAAAGAUUCUGCUCACCAGCUUUAAAGAUGGGAACGACUUUGGCUAUUUUCAUCUUAAUGGGAAAGGAGCCCGGUUUCAGUGAGAGGUUACAGAUAUGUGCUAUGGGAUCUGCUAUAGCUACAAUUACUUUUUUUACAAUUACUUUUAAUUAUUAACAAUGUCAACUAUUUCAGUUUUAUCUUUAUCUCUCAGAAAAAUAGUAGCUGGGUUUCUUUUGUCAAAAGAUUGUGAGACACCUCCCCCUUGUGGAGGGAUUAUCUCAUCGGCCAGCGUGGGCCCGAUAUUUACAAAGAAUCUGUUGAAGCCUGCCACCACUUGUCACUGUUUUUAAUUAUCUUACCAUUGUCAAAAAAUUCAUUAGGGAAUCCAGCACUUGUUUUUUUUCCUUCUAAUAAUUGAAUAAUUGAAUUUAAAAAUAUUCUAAGUGCCCUUUAUGUUAUUUUUAUUGAUUUCCAACAAUUUACUAUAAUAAUCUUUCUUACAUUUUCUUAAAAUAUCCGUUAGUUUCUUUUUAUAUAUCUUAUAUUUAAUUCCUUUCUCCUCACUUCUGUGCUUAAUAAAGUCUUAAUAUAAAUUAUUCUUUUUUUUGCAGGCAUUCAACAGACCCCCUGUAAACCAGGGGUUAUCUGGACAUUUUGAUGUUUUCUUUGGUUGCUGGAUUGGACAGUUUUUAUGAUAUAAAUUCAAAAAACAUUUAAGGAAUACAUUAUAAGCUGAAUCAACAUCCUCCUUUUCACAAAGUGUCCUCGAUAAGCUUGAUUUUUCAAGCCCAGAAUGGUUUCUGUAGCUCAAAGUUUGUGGGUGGAGAUAGGUGGUGAAGCAGACACAUAAUUACUGUGUGUACCUGUAGGUCUCAUAGACAGAGAGAGACUAACGCACACACAUUGUCAGACUGUGUGUGUGUGUGUAUGUGUGUGUGUGUGCCUGUUAAUUAAAGCCUUCUUAACAGGUUUCAGACAUCAAAGGCAUUAACUGACCUACUGUUUGAAUGAGAAGCUGCCUAACUGCAGUGAAUUUAGGGCCUCUGAACUUCUUCACAUAGCGUGAUUUCCUUAAAUCCCAGAAUGAAAAUAAGAACAUUGUAUGAAUCCUCCGCCCUUCAUGAACACAAUGAUGUGUUUUUCAUGUCUGUACUCUAGGGAGUUAAAAAGGUCUGAGCCUGAGUGAAGAUCAGGAUUUUCUUGGAGAAAAAUUACAUUAGGGCCAAUGCGAGGGUUCUUUGACAUUUUUGGACAGUUGGUCACCUGCUGGCCAAGGGGUACGAUUUAAUGAUUUAAAACCUCUUUUUGUGAGUAGCAGGACUUAUUUUCCUCCAUUUUUAUGUAUUUUUUAUGGCUGUGGAGUGAAAUUUGUGGGCGUGGGAGCGAUAUAUUGAGCGAGGUUUUGUCGAUAAAAGAGUAGCUGUCCACUCUAGCUAUGACAUCAUACACUCUAGCCUCUCCAAUACACACCCAUUAUAAAGCCUGAAAUUUGCUGAAAACCAUGAGGUGCUUAAAACUAAAUUGUGGAAAAACUGUUUAAGAUAUCAAAAAAGUGAAUACGACAUAAAUAAUCGACAAGUGAAUGAACAUUUUAAAGCAAAAAUGAGGUCUCUAGGUGAAAGUAUUCCGAAGUUAUAAGGCUCAGAAGGUGGAAGAAUAAAAGGAAGAAUCGGAAGAUUUCCCCAUUGACUUCAAUGUUACAAUUUUGGCACAAAAAGUAAAAAAAAAAAAAGUAUAAAGGGUAGAAAAGUGAAAAGUACAUCCGCACAUGUCCUAAAGGAGUGAAAUAGUUGAAAGUUUGAACAAUCGAAAUAGCACAAACUGGGAAGGAGCUGAAAAGGGCCAAAAAAUGACGGAAGAAAAAUAAUAAUAAUAAAGAACAGGAUAGCGAUAAGUGGAAAUGCUUAAUCAGCAUUUCCACUUAAUAAAUAAUUCACAGCGCAUCAAUAGGGCUCUCGUCUGCUGCUUGCAGCGUUGGCUGUAUGGAAGCGAUUGUGACUCAUAUCUCAAAUUCAAAAGCAUUAGCAGAAAUGCUUUUUCAUUUCAAAGUCAUGGCUGCAAUAUUUGACUCAAAUAUAAAAAUCAAAAGCAAUAUUCCAAAAUGCAAUUUCAUUUUCUUCUUCAAGACUGCUCAUUUUGUGACUAAAUUAAAAAGCAAAAGCAAAUCACAUUUAACAUUUAAUUUUCAAAACAUUCACCAGCAAAAAGGUAACAAAAUUCAAUUUGAAAUGUCAAAUUUGAAAAUUCAAAAGCAUUAGCAGAAAUGCUUUUUCAUUUCGAAGUCAUGGCUGCAAUAUUUGACUCAAAAAUCAAAAGCAAUAUUCCAAAAUGCAUUUUCAUUUUCUCCUUCAAGACUGCUCAUUUUGUGACUAAAUUAAAAAGCAAAACGAAACUCAGAAAGGCUUUUUCAUUUUUCGUGCUCGCCCCACAAAAAGUGUCUCAUAAUUCAAUCUGAGUUCGCAAUCUCAAGUGUCGCAGGAAAGUGAUGUCACGGACCCCACUCGUUCUGGCCCCUUCUGGCCGAUAGGGGGUAGUGAAUCUGUGUAUCAUUCGUUCAAUUGAUAUUCAAUGUAAUAAACACAGCCUGUACACGUCACUUGUUGGUUGUAUUCAAUGUUUGUGUUGACGUCUCCACAACUAUAAUCCACGCUUCAAAUAAGUAGAAACGAAACACUUUGUGUUAACGAAGAUAUAUUACAAAUACUUCGUCCUUUACUGUGGAAAGGCAUCUGCUGUCACCACUCGUACUGAUCGCAGUCAGCGUGAAUGAAAUCAAACCGCGGAUCGCGGCUGUUUCAGCGGACUAACGGACUUUAUACUCCUCAUUGUUCUCAUCACUGAUCAAUGGAUUUGGGAUAUUUUGCAAAUAAAGGGUCAUAAACACAGUGAGAAACAGACAAAAUGGUCAUAGAGAUGCCUUAAAAAUACACGGCACAGAGACAGAAUCACUGCAGUCUCUGUUCGUGUUAACCUGUGACUGUAUGCAGAUGUCAGCGGUGUGUCAGGUGUGCUGGUCCUUUUACUCACUCACUUACAGCAUGGAGACAUGGAUUCCCCACAUACUGUGUAUUUUUGAGCAUGACCAGUUUUGACUAAGAGGAGGCCUCAGUGAGAACAGUGAGGAGGCGCUAUCUUACUUUUGAAGUGGCUGCAAGUUUUAUGGAGAUUUUUUUUAAUGGUCCCUUCGGCCCGGCUGGCUGUUGUCUGUUGGCAUUAGGGGGCCUGGGCGCUGGUGCCCAGCCUGUGACUCCUCCCAGUGUGGAUGGCCCCAAAAUGGC